AUGGCUACGGUCCAGAAUACGCCGAAGGCGACUCGGCAAUGCUGGGAGUGCCUCAAGCGUCGCCUAGUCUGUGACUACACGUUGCCCCGGUGCAAGAAGUGCGUUAAACGGGGCAGAGAGUGCCCAGGCUACGAUGCACAAAAGCCCCUCCAGUGGGUCGAACCCGGAAAAAUAACCUCGCGAAAGCGAUCGAAGCCUUCCAAGAAUUCGCAACUAGUCCUACAGGUGCGUUCAAGAGGGUCGCCGAUGGGGGACUCCUCGAGCGAUGGCGGCUGGAGCAUCGAAACGGUGAAGAGCGAGAAAGAAGACCAGGAUUCUCAAAAAGAACUACAAUAUACCUAUCAAAAAGCAAUGGCAGAUGUGCAGUCCAUCGAGGAUCUCGAUAAGAUCCUUCACAUCGAGAGCCAGGAUCGGAUUGAGGAGAUCGUCUCGAAAGGUCUCUGGCACGAGGCAGCGAGAAUCCUCAAGAUAGAGAAGGACCCUCUCAAAGGACUACGCCGUGUACUGCUCUAUAUGAAGUUAGAGCAACUACCUGUGUACCAUUUUCGGAAUGACACGUCCGAGGUAGUGCAAGCGAUCAAUUACUUCAACACGCGCAUAAUUCCAGAAGCCACUGAGUCAAAGUUCGCCCUGGUCCGCAACCCUCAAAUCAUGUUUUUUCCAGCGAACUCACUCCAUCUACUCACCCCUUCCACUCACAGUAGUUUCGUUUGUCUUGCCUUGCAGCAUUACAUAAACCGACUUCCGCCUGGAGCGAGUGAAGAAGCUCUUGUAGCGAAUGGGCCAAAGUUAUGGCAAUACCGCGGAGAUGCAAUUCAAGAGUUGUACAGGAGAAUUGCAGAUCCGAAGACCAUGUACAGCUUGGCGACGAUAAACAGUAUAGUGGUGUUUAUGACUAACGAAUUACAAAGCCAGAGGUUUCCACAAUGGCGAUCUCACAUUGACGUUUUAAUGCGCAUAAUAAAGGUACGAGGGGGCCUGAUGCAAAUGUACCGCAGCGUGUUUUAUAUGCAUCCAACAGUGGUCCUGUUCUACCUUGUGGUAACCGUGAGCAAUACCACCAGUCCCGCUCAUGACCACGUUGUCUUGGCUCCAACGCUGAAGCAAGAGCUCGAUGACGUAGAGGAGCUCUAUCAUGAGAUAUUUCCCUAUUGUCUUUGCCCACCAGCGGUUUUCUUCUUCAUAAUUCGCAUCUCCAACCUGCGUAGAGAAGUGUCGCAGGCGCUGAUCCUAGAGGACGAUCUUACCGGUUUUUCGCACCUGGCUGCGAAUCUGCUUUCACAGAUCCAGGCCUUCUCAGUAGAGGAUUGGGCACAGCCGGGUGACGAGAACGAAGACUGGCUUCUAAUUGGCUCAGCAUACAAGCAUGCUGCAGCAGUAUAUUGCAUCAUGUCACUUCAGGCACUCGCCCUAUUACCGAAAGACGCACACAUGAAUCUGCAGUUAGAAAACCACGGUGACCUUUUGAUUUCGUUUUUGAAGAAGGUCCUUGUAUCUUCGCGCAUUCAGCGGAAUGCUAGUUGGCCUCUGAGUAUAGCUGGAGUGGAAGCAGGGUAUCGAGGGGAGGCCAGGCGCAAAUGGAUCGAGGACACUUGCUCAGAGUUGUCCCGUCUUUUGGGAACCAACGCGCCACUAAACCUGAAGGUCCAUCUGAAGAAGUAUUGGGAUAGCGGAAGAAUUGGGUGGGAGGAGUGUUUUCACAAGCCAUAUGCGUUCAUGUUCUGA